AUGAUAUAUGAAUCAAUAAAAAAUAUAAAUUUUUUUACAAAUAAAAAUAAUUAUAAUCACAUUUUCAAUAAAUCAAAUUAUUAUUUUUUUAAUUCAAAUAAUACGGUAGCUUCAAAUGAAAUUAAUCAAAAAACAAUUAGAGUUGUAUUUUCAAGACCAUGUUGGGGAGUUUAA